UGAACAUUUCCCGUCUUCCAGCCCGUCAACCAGGAUCGCUAUCACAUCGCGCGACCACGCAGUGUAGCGUGGAAUCACCCUGGAGUUACGGCCGCUGCUUUUGGUAGACCAGAUAAUCUGAUGAUUGCUGGAAUGUAAGAAUACAUGAUUGUAUUGACUUCUAGACGCUGAGCCCAUCAUAGUUACAGACUAUGUGACCUGACGCCGACCCUUAUUGUUAUUCGAUGAAGCAGCGCGGGACGUUCACUCUAGCAUUUUCGCUACGUAGACCUAGUAAAAGAUCUACACUACGUAGUCACAGGAAAGACGGAAAUCCCCGCGGAGUUAGUACACAGAACAGCCAGCUCCGGAGCUCCAUGGCUCGGCUGCGCCGCUUUACUAGCGUUUAGAGUUUAGUUCAAGAUGAUGUCGAGACUAAAAUAAUAAUUAGAUUUGCAUGGAGUAGAUUUACGCUCGGUAGACCCACGCUUGGCUCAGCCUACCGAAACGUUCUCAACGUUCUAAAUCCAGCUACUGUGGCUUCGAGUAGCAUAACCUUCGCCGUUGUGUUUCGGAAGAUCAAGUCAAGGUUCCAGUCCGCUGAGAAAGCAGACUAGCUUCCAUCGGACACCUCCAAUCCAUACCACUGAGUCGGUGGCUGGUCAAGGUAGCGGUGGUUUAUACCGGCAUAGGUAAGGACCUGCACUGUAUUCACUGCCAGUGACGGCACCGGAGGACGAAUCACCCUAACGGCUAGCCAUUCAAUGACUUGGUACGGAUAGCCUGCCCUCGCCUUGGGCUUGGGCGGCCUCGCCGCGGGGUAUCUUCCGCUCAACAGGACCACAGUGCGUUCAUGCGUGACUGUGCUGGGUUCGGGGACUGCGAACAUCUUCUGCUGGUCGGUAGUGGACGACACUGCAAGUUGGCUCUCGUCCGUUUGUUGAUGAAACAAAGUUAUGCGCAGUUCAGUAUGGCAUAACCCAGCUGCAAAGAGAUGCCACAAGCCAGGAACAGGAAUCGCCAGUUGGGUUAGGGCCCUCGUGUUCGCUGGCGUCUGUAUACGGUGCAGCGUUAGUCAAGGACCAGGCCAAAUAACAUUAGCUCCAGGGUCGUCUACAGCAACCGCACCUGGGACUGUGUCAUUAGAUGCCAGCGCUGGCGGUGUCGACCCGUCUAUCCAUGGCACAACAGAGCCACAGAUCAGUACAACCUUGGGGAAUCUGAGCGGCGAACAGACCCUGGCUACCAGUUUGACUGGGUCACUUUCAGUGGCGCCGUCAAUUCCAUCCUCAUCAAAUGCCCUCCUAUCUGCAGAUACUAGCAUUAGUGGUAGUCAGCAGACCACCGGCGCUAUACUGGAAACAGUAAGUUCGAGUGCUAGCAUUGCCACUACAAGCUCAGUAACAAGCUCAGCGGACGGCACAACGAAUCCUGCAACGCCAAGCAAUGCUCCCGGUCCAAGCUCGCAUCAAUCUACCAGAACUAUGUCCACGACUCUGAGCCCUAGCCAUGUGAGUACAAGUAGUACUCGGGCCAUGCCAGCAUCUACACGCUCUUCACCAAGCACUGGAGCAUCAAGCAGCAUGCGUGUUACACAUACAUCUCCUCCAACACAUGGGACAACUGCGGCGCUACCAGGCUCGGUGGAGGCAUCCUCUGCACAAACUUCACAAGGACCUGGAUUGUCAACAUCUGUCGUAUCCAGUACACACAUGACUCCUACUGCCUUCGCUGAAACUACGACUACUGCAGUGGAUGGAACUAGCGUACUAUCUUCACCAUCUCCAUCACAACCAACGCCGUCAAUUGCAACACAAGCCACACGAUUGACCACAACCGCCAUCACGAAGCCCACCACACUGACCGGGACAAGGCUCACGACAGAUAUGCCCCAGCACACAACAUAUAGACCAGUGACACAAGCAACAUCUUCACUUACUGUAAGCACUCUCCACUUGCAGGUCACGCUUGGCAGUGACACAGGAGUACAAACCGCCCAACCAAUUCCUCAUCGUACAACACGUCAAAGCUCUACAACGACGACUAAAAGCAAAAUGUACAGUGAUGAGGCGACUCUUAUCAUACUACUGACUGCGGUUUGUUCGCUGACUGGAGUUGCCGUCCUUCUUCUCUUGGUCUACCUUAUCUACAAACAAAAUGGCAAGUGGAAACGCCAGAGAACAGCUGGAACAAGGAGGACACUCGGUGCGGUGAAUCAAGGCUUUUUCAAUGCAGACAUGGCAUUGGAAGAAGAGCAGCGAGAGCAACAAGAGCGAGUCCAGGGCUUCAAUGAGGAGCAGGUGGCCGAUGUGCUGGUGCGACGCGGGCCUCACUUUGAUCAGGAGGAGUUUGACUCUGGGAACCCGACCAGUGAAUACAGCAGUAGCAUAGAUAGUGUCUCUGCACCGCUCAACACACUUGGCGAUACCCUAUGUCCUGAAGGCGUGACAGCCGCGGCAGGAACUGUGCCUGGGACAACACAUCGCUGGCGCUCCACAACUAAUGACAGCGGAUAUGACCAAGGUGCAAAGGAUGACACCGGCGAAGCUGCAACACUGCGAUUCCAAGCCGCACCCAAUCAGCCAAUUGCAACACAGAUGGUCUACACCAAUAUAGACCCUGAGAGUGAUUUUGAUGGCGAAGUGGAUUCAGCAACACAGGAAGCAAAGCACAGAAGGCCGAAGGAGCCAAUCGCUUUUGUGGAAAGCUCUCCCAAACCUGGCACAAAUGGCGGCGUAAAUGAGUCCAAUCAAAUGUCAACACAGCACGCCGAUUUUCACUGCCGGCCUGUGGUCAAUGCAGAGGGUAUAGUCGUGCGACAUGCUCGUUUCCCAUCCAAGACGAGCUCGCAGCUGUCUGCCUCUGACCACGACUCCGACAGGCUGCUUGCCAAUUCGUCACAUUGACUUGAGUAACCGUCCACAUUGACGCUAUCGUGCAAGGUACCAAUACCAUCGUAUUGUACCAGAACUUGAGAGGCAGCAGCUCUCCAGCAUGUCACGUGUAAGAAGAAGGAUCUUCGGACACUGUCGCAUGCAUACAUGUACAUGUACAGUCAUGUACAUCGUGUUCCAUCGGUAGCUCUACCUGUGCUUUCAAAAUUUGAGGCUCUUGAUAAGUAAUUACUGACAUACAGUCUUGAUCAGGGUGCUGGUGACAGUCUAAGUAAGUUUAGCACAUCACUAGGAAAAUCAGGCAUCUAUACAGUGAAAAGCUCUCAUCUCUUUUUCUUUUAGAUAUGUAUGACUCAUAUUCACACAUGCAAACUCUGAAUAACGGACGACUGCACGUUGUGCAGGAGACUCUCCA